AUGGAUGUGGAGAGCAGGGUGCACUGGUACGGGUGGGGCGUGGAGAUGGGCCUGGAGCUUGGGGUGGACAACUGGUGGCCUGUGCAUGAGGCGGAACUGCGGCGAGAGCAGGAGGCGCAGGUGCCAUUCACAAAGCUAACGGCGGCGGUGCUGAUGCCGCCCGCCGAGCUGUGGCCGCCCUUGCUCGCCAUCAAGGCCCGCCACAUGGCGCCCCACGUCCGGCGCCCCCCCUACCCGCACUUCACCGUGGCCUCGCCGUUCAUCGACGCCGGCGAGUUCGACGACGCCGAGCUCAAGCUGCGCCGCGAGCUGCAGCACGUCCCGCCGGUCGAGGUGCGGCUGCGACGGUUCGAGUUCAUGGCCGGCCAAAAGAAGGCCCUCACCCUCAUCCUCCGAGUGUUUGAGGGCGUGGUGCGUGCGCUUCCCAAGUGCGGCGCACAGGCGCCCUUCGUGCCGCAUCUGACGGUGGGUCACUUCGUCGACAAGGAAGAAGCGGAACGGAUGCGGGCGCAGUACCAAAGCGAGUGGACAGAGCUGCGAUUCACGGUGGGCGAGGUGCACCUCAUGGCGCGCAGCACCGACGGCCCGUUCGAGUCGCGAAAGGCCAUCACGCUAGCUGGCUCGCCAUGA